UAUUACUAAAUUAGUAAUACUAAUUACUAUACGACUACGUCUUUAUAAUUCAGCAAUAAUUGCCAAUUAGUCAUUCUCGUUUUACAGAGUUUUGUGUUUGCAAUAAACAAAAACAACCCAACCAGUUCACGGUUAUACGGACGUUUGACGGAUGUGGAUGAGUCAUACCAAAAUCCAUCUCUCAUGCUAAAAUGAAUAAUGAUAACAUAGCAAUAUAGCAUUAACAUAUUGUAUUGUAUAGAACAUUAAGACGAUUCAUAACAAUUUUGUUGCAGUACGACUGAGUUGAAGGUUGUUCUUASUUACGUUCUCAUUUGUAUUCUGUGCUAUCYCUGGAAAUUUCAAACUUUUAGUUUACAACAAAAGCGAAUAAAAAAACAUUUCAGUAAGUAUUGACAAUUCAAUUUAAACAGUGCCUAUGAUGGAGUCACAAAUAAAAAAUCAGAAUGACUUAUUACAGAAAUUAAAAUCUUUACAAGCAGAAAAAGAAUUAUUAGAAAAACAAGUAUUUUUACUCAAUGAAUGUUUGUCUGUGGAGGAAUUAAAAGCUAAAAUAUCUAAUUUGGAAAAAAAAAAAGAGAAGUUGGUAUCAUUAGAAAAUAUAAUUGGAAGAUUACGUGCUGAGAUUGAGCCGCUAAAUUAUUUGAAAACUAUUUUAAAAACUAAAUUAGUUGACGAGAAUAAAGUUCAAUCAAAUAAUAUUGGGCCAGAGUUUGGUGCUGUCUUGGAAGCACAUGCUGAGAUUGAGCCGCUUAAGAAUUUAAAUACUAUUUCGACCACUGAGUCAGAUGUUGAGAAAAAAAUUCAGUCUAAUAAUAUUGGGUCAGCAUCUAAUAUUUAUUUAGGAUCUUAUCCUCGAGUUCCUAAACUUAAUAAGGAAGUUCAAAACAGUCCAUCUGUUGAUUUUAAAUUAGUACAACCUGUUGGAUUCAAAACUUCUAUUUCUCAAAGUGCACAAAACAUUCCUACUGACUCAGGCAAAAGUUAUUUGGCUUUGAACCCAAAGUUAAAAAAUGUUAACCCCAUUAACACAUUCCAAACACCAAUACCAUCUAAAUCUAAUUCAGUUUCAACUGAAAAUGAUGGCUGUCUUGAUGAAUGUAUGCAAUUGUUAGAUCAAUACGAUGUAGUUACUGAUCAAGAAAUAUUAAACUUCCCUUCAGAAGAAGUCAGUAUAAUUUUAUAUUUUCUUAACAGUUUUAAAAUUCAAGUUUUAAUAUUUUAUUUACAGAAUGAUUUGAAAAGUCGAAGUGUUGACCAAGAACCUACCAAUAUUGCUAUUGAUGUUGAAAAUGGAAUACAGGAUACACAAAUAGAAACCAAAACAACUUAUUGUUUUGAUACUGAAGGCAAUUUACAAUCUCAAAGCCAAGUACCUAUAAAAAAAGAUGUAGAAUUGUGUCUAAACAAUUCAGUUAAUUCUGUCUCUGUAACAUGUGAAAAUCCGAGUAGUAAAAUUCAUGAAGCUAGUACAUCUCAACCAACUCUAAACAAAGAAAGUUUAUGCUCAGAUUCUAAUGUUAAUAUUGGUGAUUUGUUACUAAAAAUACCACAACUAUUAUUGCAACAAGGAAUGGACUAUAUUCAAGAUGAAGACGUGAAUCAGUCUUUGAAAAAUGAAAAUGUUAGURCAAACAUCUCAUCUAAAGAGCACAAUAAAAGCAACAAGAAAAAUGAAUUAAAAACAUUUAAAAAAGAAGUGAAUACAUUUUUAAAUGAAUAUACAAAUUUAUUGCAAAACAAUUUACAUAUAAUAGGAAACAAUAAGGUAUCAUCUAAUAAAACAGAAUCAGGUCAACCUGAUGAAUUGUCGCCUAGUGCCAGUAAUUCUGAAUGUAGCAUUAAUACCUUUAAUGAUAUGAAUCUAAAGAUUGAUAUCUUGCGCGGCUUAUACUCUCUUGGUUUUAUCAAUCCAACUGCUUUACAACGACGCACUGCUGUGCACUGCAUCAAUGGACGAGACAUAAUAGUUUUUGCUGGACCAGGUAAUGGCAGAACAAUAAUGUUUACCAUACCAUUAUUGCAAYGCAUUAAGACCAACUUAUAUGAGUGUCAAGCAUUAGUAUUAGUACCAACCCGAGACCUUGCUGUACAUAUUCAAAAAAUCAUUAUGUGUGUUGGAGACUUUUUGGGUGUUAAUGUGUGUAUUGGUGGUGACAAUGUUCCAAGAAAACUAUCUGUUAUUCCUCAUAUAGUCGUUGGUACCCCGGCUGGAGUGUCCAAUAUGAUUUCAUGCAAAUCUCUCAGUACUACAACCAUUCAAACUGUUGUAAUCAAUAAAGCUGAAGAAAUGUUGACUAAUAAUUAUACUAUAUUAAUUAAUGAAAUAAUGGAAAAACUAACAAGGACCAGACAAGUCAUUUUACUGACAUCAAACAAACUUGAUCAAGUAUUAGACAUUUACAUGGAAUCCCUACAUGAUCCAUUGGUUAUUAUUAAUGAUCAAGAAAUAAAAUCUGAUCUACCAAGUGAUCUUCCAAAACAGUUUUAUUUAAACAUUCAAAAUGAAUGGAAAAUGAAUGCACUUUGCGAAAUUAACGAAACAUUAAAAAUACAGAAAUCUAUUAUUUUCUGCAACACUUUAGAUAGAGCUCAACAACUGUGUGAGUCAUUACAAAGAUUAGAAUAUGCAGUAUCACUUUUUCAUUUGGAUAUGAAUGCUCAUGAACGCAAGCAAAACCUUGAUAUGUUUUCUUUAAACAAUAUUAAAAUGCUUAUCACCACAGACCCAAUCAAAGGCAGACAGUUUCAGCAAGCCGCUUGGAUAAUAAAUUAUGAUUUGCCUAUAAAUCCUAUUUGUUAUCUAGAUAGAGUGGCAAAAUGUGCUGAAAAUAUAAAAGUGAUAAAUCUCAUUGAUGAAAAUGACGACCAAACAAAAUUGGCAAUUGAAACACACAACAAAUCUUAUAUGAUUCAGAUACCUCUGAAUAUGAUUGAUUUAUUACAAUAUUAGAUUCAUAAUAUGAUGAUUAUAUUAUUAUUUUUGAAAUUAAGUAGUAUUAUAACCUACUAUUGAACUAUUCACAAAUCAACUUUUCUAGUAAAUGGGUUAUUAUUUUCCAUUAUUUUAUUAUUACUUAGAUUAAUAUUUUAAUCCUAUUUUUUAUGGCACAAGUGAUGUUUUUAAAGUUGAUUUU